GUACAGUACGUACUCGUACUCGUACUCGUACUACGGGGAGUGGAUUUGAAUUUUUGACUUUUGAACCGAAUCCGAACUGCCAAAUGCAACACGGCGCAGGUCUUUCCUGUGAUGUUCGGUUGGUUCCUCCUAAUAGACCAUGGGAUUCCUUUGGUUCCCUUGCCGUCUUUCCUUUCCCUUUGGUCCGACGAGACAGCGCGGGCCGUGACUGUUCCCGGCACUGGCGGAACACCCAACACAACCAUCUCGAAACAAUAAAAUCCGGCGGCCCCCGAAACGACCAUGGCAGCAGGCCCCGGCAAAGAAGCCGAACCUUUCGCAACCUCCACCGGGGGCACGAUCGCCACGCCCUACGUCCGGCAAGCCCGCGACGAAACCCCCCUCCCCGGUGCGGCCGCGCCUUUUUCCCUCCGGUCCCUCCUGGGCGGGUGGUGGAGGGAGAGCCUCUGGCCGGGGAUGGGCCUCUUUGGGGAAUCCUACCUUCUGUUCAGCAUCGGAACGCUGUCGCCGCUGUGGAGGGAGCUCUACCCGGUCUGCUUUGGCGAGAACGAACAGGAAGACGGAGGGGACGACGACGAAAGGGCCUACGGCUACGCCAGCGAAAGGUCCUGCUCCCCCCUGCUGCUCGGGUCGCUGGCCUACGGGGUCGUUGCUGGCGUGGUGGUGGGCAUGGUCCUCCUGGGCUGCCUCUCCGACCGGAUCGGCCGCCGGAGGGGGUCGAUCGCCACGGCGGGCCUCAUGGCGGUCGGCUCCCUCGGCCUGGUGGGGGUCUCGGCGCUGGCGAGAUCUGCGGAAGGGACCGGCCCCCGCCCGGAAGGCCUCUUUGCCGGAACGGCUUUGGCCCUGGCGGUCUUUGGGGUCGGUGUCGGGGGGGAGUACCCGCUCAGCGCGAGCCUCGCGUCGGAAAACGCGGCGGCGGAAGCAAAAGCAGGCUUGGGGGGCACUUGCGGCCGCCGGGGACGGAGGGUCCAGCUCGUUUUUGCGAUGCAGGGGCUGGGGAUCUGGUGCAACAGCCUCGUCAUGCUCGGUUUGUUCCGGAUCCUGGGCAGGAGCAACGGCAACGAGGACGACGACGACGACGACGACGACGACGGGAGUUUCGGCUACGACGCCCGCGACUUGCUCACGAUAUGGAGGGUAACCUAUGGAAUCGGGGCCUCGGUUUUGUGCUUUGUGCUGCUGACACGGAUCUUGUACCUCGAGGAAUCCAAGGUCUGGCUAGAGGCCCAGAAAACCAAUCGCCACAACAACCCCGACAAUGGAACUAACAACAACAGCAUUACUAUCAACAACAAGAAUGGCAGCAAUUAUGUUACCAACAGAGACGCUCCUCCAAUCGAUCCUUGCGUCGAUUUAAAUCGCACCCAAAACAACAACAACAACAACAACGCCUUCGAUGCCCAUUGGCGCUCCAUCGUGCUGGUGCACCAGCAGUACGGAUCCCGCAUGUUCGGAGCGGGAGCCUCCUGGUUCCUCUGGGACGUUUCCUUUUACGGGAACAAGCUCUUCCAAUCGACCAUCCUGGAGGCCUUGGUGGGAAAGGACGCGGGCGUCGUCGGGAUCACGGAGGCGGCCCUUCUCAACGCCAGCGUGGCGCUGGCGGGCUACUUCUGCGCCGCCCUGGUCAUCGAUCGCGUGGAACGGAAGAGGCUCCAGUCGGCCGGCUUUCUCGGGACGGGGGCCCUCUUUGUGGCCUGCGGGAGGCUGGUCUCCGCCCUGGAUGACCGGGGCCGCUCCUUUUCGGUGGUGGUGGUGGUCCUCUACCUGCUGUCCUCCUUUGUGGGGCAGGUCGGCCCGAACUGCACGACCUUUCUGGUCCCGGCCGAGAUCGUCCCGACCGCCCAGCGGACCUACUGCCACGGGGUGUGCGCGGCGGCCGGAAAGGCCGGGGCCCUGGUGGCCUCGGUCCUCUUCCACGCUCUGGGGAGCCGCGGCGCCGGCGCCUCCCUCUUUUACGUGUCGGGGGCGGCCAGCCUCCUAGCGGCGCUGGUUACCCAGGGAUUCGUGCCGGAAACCCACGGGCUGGACCUGCUGGACCUGGACCGCCGGUGGAGCCGGCUCCUGCGCGAGCGCGGGAACGAGCGGCGAGAGGGAACCGGAAGGCCGCCGGGACCCGACGAAACGAGCGAUUGCGAUUUGGAGUGCGAGCCGGGGUGGUCCGGCGGCGACGGACCGUCCGUCCGAGAUGCCCACACGAGUCCGUACGAGCGGUACCGGGCCCGGGGGGCAGCGGGAGCGGGGUUUCCGCUGCGGGGGACCGCCACCGGGUGGUUCUCCUAGCGGCACGGGGUCCGGAGGGCCGCCGCAACCGCAGAACAAAACAAAGCGUAACUC